AGGAACGGAACGGCUCUGAGUUUUUUCGAAUCAUGCAUUUACAGUGAGCGAAGACGAAUCCAGGCGAAGAAGAGACCAAAUCCACACCAUUUUGAUUCUUAAGUAAAGAUGAGGAAACCGAACAGCUCUAAGCUGGGCAGGACAGCUGUGAAGAGGAAACUAAUAGAUCUCGGUAGAAUGCUGGCUCUUCGUGGCGGUGAAGUGGAUUCACCACCCAAGCCACUCGACGCUAGAAGUAAUAUGCAGAUUGUUUGCGCUGAUGAUGUGGAGUAUGAUCUAGACUAUAUGAAGUACUUGACGAUCUUUAAGGAAAGCAAUCACCACCAUCCUCAUUUGCUUGAGAGGGAGGCUUCUCCACUGCGUAUUACGUACACUACUGAUAAGGAAGUGAAGCGUAGAGGAAGGAGAAUAAGAUCAGAGCCUCCUCCUUUCGUUUCAAAGAAGUUGGAGAGUGGGACUCGUAAAGAAGAUCAUAAGUCAACUGUCUUCAGGAAAGAUGUUGUUCUAAGAGGAAGGAAGAUUGCUAUGACUAAGAUUCCUAUCAAAGCAGAGCAUAGAAGCAAAGACAUCCAACAAAAGAAAGAAGCCCCUCUACAGAGAAAGAAGAAGACUGAUAUGUCCACCAAGAGCACUAUCAAGUUAGAGCAUAGAACUUAUGGUGGCAAAGACACCAAGAAAGAGAAAGAAGUCUUUCUGCACAAGAAGACUAUCAAAGUAGAGCAUACAAGUGAUGUCAAAGAGACAAAUCAAGAGAAAGAAGUUACUAGACGAGGAAGGAAGCCAAAGACACUCAACGAAAGUAAUGCAAUGUUCAGAGCUUCAAAGAGACUGAAGGCUGAGAAGAUCAUCCCAGUGGUUAACACCACCAAAGAUGCUCCACAAGGGAAGAAGGGUUGUGUGACCAAGAUCGAUUUCAAAGCCAGCAAGAUGGAGAAUGAAGAGAGUUAUAGUGAAAGGAGAAAGGCAAAGCCUCAUGAGAUUUUCAGAGCUUCAAAAAGACUCAAGACUGAUCAGAACUGGGUUAACAAAGAAGACACCAAACAAAAGAAAGAAGUGUACAAGGACAAGGCUAAACCAAAGUCUACAAGUCAUGUGAAAGACAGCUUGCUUCACAGCUUCAAAGCUCACAAGAACUUAAUGGAUAAAAGCUAUGACUAUUUCCUAGCGUAUCUGAGAAACUCUGUUACUGUCAUUGAACUGAAGCCUGAGAAAGCCUCAGUACCUUUAUCAGAUCCUGAUAUUAUUGCAGUCAGCAACUGUCCGUUUUCUGAUGGAGGCCCUUCCCCAUUUGAAGCAAACAAAGACGGCAAAGUGAUUGAUCUUGAAGACCGUAUUGAGCUUGAAGAUAUGUUCAACUCUACCUUUAGCAAGAAGCUACUGGAGAUUCUCAGACAGCCCUAUGAUAAAAACGAGUUCAAGCAACGCUUUCUUGAGGUAUCACAUAAGAAACAUCUGACUCGGUCUAGGCAACUACGAGAUGGAAGAGAGAUUGAAUAUAACGUUGAUCACCAGUUAGGCCCUUCCUAUCUUGACCGGUAUCCUGACUUCAAGCGUGUGUUUCGUAGUUCUCGUCACGCUAAGGAUGAAUCUAGAGCUUUGAACCUAUUGCGCGGCUUUUUCUUUUACUUGGAGAACAUAGUUCUUGAAGGUGCAUUCAAACCAUGGCUGCACGAAGCACGUGUGAUGAGAGAAUGCAGAGACAUUGUAUGCAUCAUCAAGUAAGGCAGCACCAACACUAAGUCUUCUUCACUGAACUCAAAGACUAUUGCAAUUAUCUAUUUAUCUUUUAGGUAGUAGUAGUUUUAAGACUCCAAACCACUCUAAUUAUCAUUUUAAAAGUCUUUAAUUGCAGUGUAGUGGUCUAAAGAAAAGAUAUGUAAUACUUUGUUGAUACUA